GCUGAGCUCCCAAUCCGGCAAUCCGCCAUGCCCGCCGCCGAGAGCUGCCACUCCCGCAGCCUCUCGUGGCUCGUCAAGUCCUGCAUCCCCGCCGACCCCGCCCGCCACAUCGCCGUCCCCGUUCUUUGCCCCACCCCACAACCACCGCCUCCCUCGUCGCCGCCGGCACCCCCAAUCUCCGCCCUCCCCGACGACCUCCUCCUCGAGUGCCUCGCCCGCGUCCCCCGCGCCUCCCUCCCUCCGCUCCCCGCCGUCUCCCGCCGCUUCGCCACGCUCCUCGCCUCCGACGCCUUCCUCCACCUCCGCCGCGCCCACGCCCACCUCCGCCCCUCCCUCCUCGCCCUCUCCGUCUCCGACAACGGCUGCACCGCGCAGGCGCUGCUCCGGUUCGACGCCUCCGUGCCCGUGCUCGAGGUCGCCGCGCUGCCGUUGCCCCCGACCCUGCUGCAUUGCUGCGGCUCCGUGUUCGCGCACGCCCGCGCGGUCGUGCUGGGCCGCGAUGUCUUCCUCAUCGGCCGCGGGGCGACGCUUCGCGUCGACGCGCUCACCGGCGCGGCUCGCGCGUGCGCGCCGACGCUCUUCCCGCGGAAGAAGUUCGCCGCUGCUGCCGUGGGAGACCGGAUCUACGUCGCCGGCGGGUCCGCGCGCACCUCGGCGGUCGAGGAGUACGACCCGGAAGUCGACGCGUGGCUUGUGGUCGGCGAGGCGCCGCGGCGGAGGUACGGGUGCGCCGGCGCGAGUGCGGGAGGCGUGUUCUACGUCGCCGGGGGCGUCGCGGUGUCCGGCGAGGGCGCGCGGGCGCUCGAGGCGCACGUGUGCGCCGGGUCGGUGGACGCGCUGCACGUCGCGUCCGGCACCUGGGCGCGCCCCCGUGCGCUCCCCGGCGGCGGCUGCGUCGUGGGGGCGUGCGGCGUCGGUGACCACCUGUACGUGGUGGCGAGCCACGCGGUGGAGCUCUCCUUCUGGAGGUGGUCCGGCCAAUAGAAAAUAUUUUGUUUGUGACUUGCGGCUAGCUAUCAAUAUUCCUUACUUUUAAUUCCGAAUUUCGGCUAUUUAAAAUUAUAUUUAUAUAUUUACUCUAUUGUUAUUUUUAAUCCGAGUUUUUGAUAUUUCUAAAUUAUAUUUCUACCUAGACUCUUCUUCAAAUUUUUUUUCAUUUUAUAUUCCUAAUUUUAGAUAUAUUAAAUUUUAUUUCUAUUUCUAAAUAGUUUUCUUUUUCUCUAGGUAGUUGAAGAUAAUUCUUUAUUCUGAAUUUCAGAUAUAUUGAAAUAUAUUUUCAUUUGAACUCUAUUUUUCUUUUUCUCUAAUCAAUAUGAAAAUUUGUAGAAAGUGGGAGCGAAUAUGGUGGCUUUUUUCUGUUACAUUAAGAUAUAAUCUCUACUAUUAUAAAAAUUGAAGAUGAUUUUGCCGAUACUUUGGUACGUUAUCCGUGUAUGAGUCGGAUUCUAAGUUUGUUCGCUUUUAGAAAUAGAUAUAUGUAUUUGAGUAGGUUUUUAAGUUCAUUCUUUUUUGAAAAUACUGAUGGAGUCAUAUAAGAAAUCUAAUUUAAAAAAAUUCGCAUGCUAAGUUAAACGGUUGGACUCUUUACUGCAGCUCAUGAUUUAUAAAAUAAAAUUAAAACAUCUCCGAAAACUAAUUUUAAUUAGUUAAUAAUAAAAUUAUGUUGUUUAUUUGGUUAUUAUAGGGAGCUCCCAUGCACACAUUAGCUAAUUAACCUGCACAGUAAAUAGUAAAUAUACUCAUUCCCAAUCCCCUUCCGGCCUUCCCUCUCACACUCACACGCCCUAUAAUAACCCCUCGCCAACUACCACGCCCACGCCACCACACACGCACACGAGCUGUGUCGAUCUCUCCAUAGAAAGAGGCGCAAGCUACCUUGCCCAGCCAUGGAGAACCCCUACUACGCGAGCUUCCUCAAGAAUCACCACCGCCGCUACUGCUUCUCCACCCCGUCGUCGCCGUCGCCGGCUGGCGCUUACUCCUCCUCCGCCUCCUCCUCCUUCCCGUUCUUUCCGACGGUGGGGGUGACGUCGACGAUGGCCGCGACGCCCCCGACGACGACUGCCCCGCCGUCGCCUCCGCUCCGGGAGGCCUUGCCGCUACUGUCCCUCACGCCCGCCUCGCGCGGCGGCACGACGGCGGCGCAAGAGCGUGCGCGGCAGCGUGGGGAGGACUGCACCGACGACGACGACGGCGCGGAGGAGGAGGGGGCGGACGAGGAGGACGUGCCGGGCUCGACGCCCGGCGGCGGCGGCGGCGAUAGACACCACCAGCUCCGCCGUCGCCGCGCGGGGCGGCUCUUCGCCGACCUCAACACCAAGGCGGCGGCGGGAGACCCGAUGGACGUGGAGGGCUCCGGCUCCGGCUGCUGCCGCGCCGCCGACGCCGACGACGACGCGGACGUCACGGUCGCGCUCCACAUCGGCCUGCCGAGCCCGACCGCCGCCGACGCCGUCGUGCGUCCGAAGGGGAAGAGAAAAGGGGGAGAGGAGAGAGAAGGGAGAGAGAGGGAUGAGGAGGAAGGAAGGAGAAAUGAUGACAUGUGUCAGUCCCAUAAUAUAUUUUCGUGUGUGAAUGACA